AUGGAUUGGAAAAUUACAAUUUUCACCUAUAACUUGGCCAUGAGACCGUCGUAUCCAGAAGCUGUUCAUAACUUCCUGAAUGGAAAUGUCGAUGAGCAUACUCAUUUGGUGGCAAUCGGACUGCAAGAAGUGGCUCAUGCAGAGACAAUAGGAGGAGCUAUGAUCACAUGGGCUCAAAGCAUUGCAGCAUGGAUGAACAAGAAUACAAGGAUGGUGUUGUUAGCGAAAACUUUUCAAGCAACGAAUCAAGUUUUGAUUUUUGGGAGAAAGCAACUUAUCGGACAGAUUAAACGAAUUGACUACCGUUUCCAACGGAAUACAAUGCGCGGUCUAACAGGACAUAAAGGAUCAAUUGGUAUUCGUCUCCAACUGACAAGCCCUUACUCGAUUGUAUUUGUGGAUAGUCACUUUGUUCAUGGGCCUGAAAACAAUAGCAAAAGGAUCGAGCAGUAUCAUACUAAUAGGAUUUGCUCUUUUCCAGAAGAUAAGAGUGUCAGAGCCGCGUUCUGGUUUGGAGAUUUCAAUUUCCGAGUGGAGGAAGAUUUGGAAACUGUUAUAGGGAAGAUUAAAAACGGAACUCAUCUCGAGCUUCUUGACAGUAGAGAUCAAUUGAAAAGAGCUAUCAUCGAACGUGACGCAUUCAUUGGAUUCCACGAGCAGCCCAUAACAUUCGAACCAACGUAUCGGAUGACAGUGGGGACAACAGAACCAGAUGGAAAGAGAGUACCUUCUUGGACGGAUAGAGUUCUUUACAAAGGAGAUGGAAUCACUGAGAUUUCAUACUGUAAUAACAAAAGAGCAGUCGCCAGUGACCAUUUGCCUGUCAUCGCUUCUUUCAAAGUUGCUGCCACUGUAGCUCCCAAACCUCAAUGGGAAGUCGUAUUCGAGCAUCUUCCCACGUGGUACAGAUCAAUCCCGUUGGUAGGAAGGUUCCAAGUCAACUCUCAAUUCUACAAAGAAAAUGGCAGUUACCGAGACUGGAUUGGUGUAUUUCCAGCCACCAUCGACGACUGUACCACUGCUAUUCAUUGGAUCUACGCUGCAACAUGCUUUGAGCAAAUCAUCGAAGGCGAAAAGUUUCUGGCGUGUGAAUUCGCGGAUAUCCCAGUUGGAAACUAUCGUCUUGGAUAUUUCGCUUCUCACCUGAACUGUCUUGUCGGACUAUCGAAGGUUUUCCAAAUAGUGGAUCAACCAUAA